AGCAGCCCUGCUUUGAGACAUGUUGGACAGUGUCUCAACGACUACGCCAAAGUGCUUUCCUACGGGUCACUGCUGGCUACAUGCAGACAAUCGAAGACCACCAUUCUUUGUCUGAAAGAGGCUGCAGCCGACUGCACAGGGGAACAAAAGGAUGGGUUCUCUCUGCUCACGUCAGUCAUCGAGCAGGCCAUGGUGUCGGCAUGUCAACCUGACACCUGCAGUCUUGGCGUGGCAGAGCAGUGUGUGAUUGAGGCAGUGUACGCAGUGCGCAAUCCACUGUAUAGGGAGGGAGGGUCUACACUUACGUGUGGAAUGAUCCAAUCAGGUGUGAGCUGCGCUAUGCGUUCCUCUGCCGGCUGCAGCGUUUGGUUUGCGGAGGAGAGAAAAAGUUCUAUAAAUAACACAGAUCAGAUAACUACCAGUAGGGAUAGAGGUGAAAUGGCGGCCACAAAUUCUGAUGGCAGUGAAGGACUCCUGAAAGAAUAUCUCAUGUUUAUUAAAGACAUGAAAGCCCAGUGGAGUGUUGAGGCAGAUCAUGGUGACAGAGAGAUGGGUGACAAGGAUGAUAAGGACUCUCGAUCAUGGAAAGACAUGGCUUUUGAAGAUAAAAGUGCUUCAGAAGAACAGAAAAUGAAAGCCAGAGAAGUGGAAAAAGACAAGGAACAACAACAGCUUGCACUUCAUCUUGAAACUAUUAGGGGUCGGGUUAAAAUUCUUAUCAGGAAAUUGAAUGAGAGGGAUGGAGUGGUGACAAAGAAUAGAAACAACAUGACUAAUGCUGUGGCUACUGACUUUACUGAAACUCUUGAAGAGUUAGAAGGCAAUGUGGAGCACCUGAAAGCAAAGGUGGCUCAAGCACUGACAGGUUCUGAUGUCCAUGUGAAUAUUAAGAAACUCAAAUACCUACGGGAAAGGUUGACAGUGUUCAUGAAUGUUUCUGACGCAAGCUGGAACAUGAGUGUCUCUCAGGACAUGAAAGAUAGAUUUGAAAAUGCUCGACUGUACAUCCAAAGUGAGUUCCAAGCACAGAUGGAGAAUCUUCAUGGAAGGUUAGACUAUGUCACAAGUACCCUGCACUUCCUGAAUGCGUCACUAGGCAACUUCUGCGAUGGUCGUCAAGACUCCUUCACCCUAGCAACCAAUGUGCUAGAUUAUGACCUUAUCACAAUCAUUGGCACCCUUGUGACCAGUCCUUACAUAGAGAAAGCUGAUGUUUGCAGGUUUUUGUCAACAAUAGAUGAGGGCGAUUUCGAAGUGCUUGCUGAGGCCAAGAGUACAUUAUCUUACAUCCACAUGAUUGUUGGCGAUUUAUGCGUGGCCAAAGAACCAGUUAUGAAUGCCACGAAGCUCGAUUGUAUUCCUGCAGCUGAGUACAAAACCAUGUGCAACCAGACGCAAGCGGUUAAAUGUGUUGACCUUCGUGAACUGGUCAAUACAGCCAUGAAAGCCGAGUCUACAGAGGACUUCACAGAUUUGUGCAGGCUAGCCAAGGAAGGUAUGGACUGCUUCUUCAAAAACACAGAUGCCUGUGACACGACUGUGCCUCUUGAAAUUGAGACGACACGUAUAAAAGAUGCCAUCAACAAGUUUGCGGCGGCACACUGCGACCUUUCCCCACCAAAUAUUUGCCAGGUGGCACCAACAUGCGAUAUGGAGAAAGCUCUUGACUUGUGUUUCGUUACGAUUGAUGGGUUCAACUUGAUGGAUAUAUGCAAAUAUGUGGAUGGAAGAGUAAUUCCAUGUUUAAAAAAUCAAACCAGCGCUUGCAAUUAUUCCAUGCAAACGGUUGUGGCUCAGCAGGCAUACAAAAGGUUUCUUGUGGAGAAGAAAGCAGAAAAGUGUGGAGGCAAUUUCAGCCUGUGGCGUGAAGAUGCCACACUUCCUGUGGCUAACUGUACCUACCAGUACUUCCGGGCUCUUGUGACACAACUGGGUGUUCAACCAAACUGGACCUCGGCUGUGUGUGGAGCCAUGAUUCAGUACAGCACGUGUGAAAACAACAGUAGCUUCCCCUUGAUUGAGAACAUUGUGACGGCCCAGCAUAUUGGUUUUUACGAGAACUUUUGGAUGGAAAAUUGCAUGCAUGUAUCAGUCAAUGGCUCGGGCAAAGUUGGAGACAGAGUUUCUCUAACUGGCUGCCCUGUUGAUACAUUUAUGGAGAGGUUGACUCUCUACAUCAGCAAGCUUAGCUUUGGGGCAUCCAGUUGGUCAGCUGAGAAAUACCGUCUAGCGUGCAGCAAUCAAACCUUCAUAGAACAGGAGACUAAGUUAAAAAGUCUUCUAUCUGGAGCAACGUCUACGUGUUCCCAGAGUGCCAGAAACAUGCUUAUGGAAGGGAUUACCUACCUUGGAAUGGUGAGAAAGGAGUACUGUCCCCUGCCUGAAUGGUCUCCAAGCAACAGCUGUGCACUGGCGGAGGUGCGGAAGUGUGCGUGGAAAGUUGGCAAAUACAUUGCUCUGGCUACACCCUACAGUGAUGCAUGCGAGUAUGUGGAAGCAUUUACUGGCUGUGUGGAAAAGUUCUCAGUCGGUUGUGCAGCAAAUGAAUCAGAAGCCAUUUUGAAGGAAGUGCAACACGUGCAAGGGAUUGUGGGUAAUCUUCAGUGUCAGCGGCCAUCUUGGUGUGCUGAGGGUGGUUUAAAUGCAACCAAUCGUACAGCUGGUGUAACCAAUGACAGAAGUUCAUGGCCAUUUUGCACAGAGUCUGUCGCUAUGGAGAUGAGCAACGCAACCAAUCAGACAUGGGCAGCGUGCAGUCGAUAUUUAACAAAUAGCAGCUCUGACGUUUGCACAAAUACGAAGCAGUUUGUUGUCUGUCUGAGGGAAACCAGAAACUCUGGAGAUGUAGUAUCAGCUGUGAAAGGGAAGAUUGAAACCCUUGCUAAGGUCAUUGAACAUUUUGUCAAGGACUACUGUCCAGAAAUGAACGAGACCACACCAGUGGAUGGAACCUGUCCACUUUAUGGUACACUGAUGGAGAAAUUGUCAGCCCUUUUGCAGAAGGUUGCCAUGGCUACAUUCCACCCAUUUUCUGACAGAAUGGAGCAGUGUUCUAACAUUCACACUACUCUGUCAGAAAUAUCACAGCCACUUCCAGAACCUUGUAACGGGACACUGGCACAGGAAAUUGUAGGGGCUAAGGCGUUUGUUAAAGGACUUUUUGACACUCUUGGAUUCUGUGGAAAAGAGAGCAUGGUUCGCCGAUGUGAGCCUACCACGGCCAUUGGGUGUGUACAGACGUUAGGUUCAGCGGUUGUUCAGUACCGCAAGACGGGAUUCAAACAGGCAAUGUGCUCGAAACACUUGCUAACUGAGCUGUGUGUAAGCCACAACCUUGCUGGAUGCAUGGGUGACGUCAAGAGGUCCGUGGAGAGUACCUACUCAAGGGUCAGCCGUGUGAUUGAGCAAUUAUGUGCCCCGCCCACUAAGCCUGAACCCAGCUUGCAAUGUUCUGCUGUUAUGCCUGAAGAGAGAACUGAAGAGAGAACAGAAAUGAGAAAUGCAAACACCGACUCAACCUGCAACCUGCUGAAGGCUGACAUGUGCCUGUAUCAGCUCUAUGCAGACUUGAACUGUGACAAACCCACCUGGGGAUCCAUCUGCCGGUCUCUGCCAUACGUAUCAGCCUGCGUCCAUCGUCACAUUCACAACUGCUCAGAAGAUGAGAAGAAAACGGUAAUGACGAUUGGUCAGAAAUUAAUGGCACGAGUGGGCGAUAGAUGUCCGCAGGUGUCAUGUGAUGUCUGCCGGGCAGAACGAUGUCUUCAGAGACUUGAUGGUUUAGAGAAAAAUGACAGUUACUGCAGAAUUGCAAAAGAAGUUUCACAAUGUGUCAAGCAGUCAACAAUGACUUGUGGAAUGGAACAUGCACAUCAUAUUUGGGCAAGGGCUCAAGUUGUUUCCAAGAAUGUUGACGUCUUCUGCGAGAAUAGAAUACACACUUGUUUUGCUGAAUUCAGAGAUGCAGCCUGGUCCUUGCUGCUGUACAAUGGCUCCACAAUUGCACCUGCAGACUUAUCUGCAAACAUCACUACACCAGAUACCAAUCAUAGAGCAAUCACAAACUGUACUGAUUUCACGUACGUUGAUGAACCUUGGUACGGAGGUGAAUUGGUGAGCGUUCUGAAACAGAUCUCUUCCGCUGAAAACGGUGAAAUUGAGGAUGAUACUCACGAUGAUGAUGGUGUUGCAAGGUCUGAUGCUACUGCUGGCAACGCAAGUUUACCACAGAGGAAUGCGAGGGUUUGCAAAAGGCCCCGUACCUCGCCAUUGCACGUCAAUCUGAAGGGCCUGUGUGAUAAGCUGUACAGGGCAUGGGACUGCCUGGCCUCACACCAGACGACCAUCAGUGAGGAGGUAGGACCCACUGUCAGGUCCACGUUGAGCGCCAUCCUGCAGGCGGUCAGCAGCAAGUGCAGAGUGACCCCCCUGCAGUGUCACCAGUGCACCAAGGCCGGUUCCCACCUGGAAUGUGAUGCCCAGCCUGUAGAGACAUGCUCUGCAGACAAACAGAUGUGCCAAACAAUUGAAAAGAAAGGGAAAGAAGGCUACAUCUCAAAGAUGUGUGUGAGUCCAGAUAUGUGUACGGAUCGCUGUACGACUGACAAAUGUGAGGCCUGUUGUGUGGGUCAGCUAUGUAACCGUGGAAAUGAUGAAAACAACAACGGCACAGCAGAGGACCAGCCUUCGUGCACAAUAUUCAAGCAGACCCAGUGUGCAUUCAACUUGGUCACCGGUCUUCAUAAAAGCAAGAGAAUGGUCUGCAGGCUAUUGUUCGAAGCAGUAGAUUGCAUGACCAAGACGUCAACAGACUGCUCUCCAGACGAGACCCUCGAAAUCAUCCAUACGUACGCCAAGAAGCUGGGAUACAGUCGAGCCUGGAGGCGUUGCCUGGCUAAGGAACGCGACUGCCAGUGUGGAGCAUACAACCUGUUUGGUCUGCUAGCCACCGUGAACCCCUACACCCCUGAUGAGACCCUUUGCAGUCAUUUUGAAAAGUCUUUUAUGGUUGCCAAGAAGAUGACCGCUGGUCAGUGCACUAAGGACGAUGUGACCUACACGAGGACAGGACUGACCAUUGUCCACUCACAGCUUGCAAACUAUUGUGAAAGCAUGAAGCCAAAAGUUGAGCCAGGUGAGCUUGUUUGCCCACCCCUCCCAAGUAACGCAACGUGCGAGACUGAGUGUUCGAAAGACAAACCAUGUUCAGAUCCAGAACUCACGUGCUGCGAGUAUCCAGGCUGUUUCUUGUGUCAACGACGCGUCUCUGCGAGAAACAGUACAAGCAACACAAUGAAAGAUCCUGAUGUCAAACCUGUCGUCAAACCGGGUUACUGUCCACCAGUGGGUGAAACAGGCAUCUGUAUGAUAGAGUGUGACCCGUCCCUCCCUGAUGCAGACUCUUCAUGCGGAGGUACAAAGAAGUGCUGUCCAGUGGCAUGUGGGGGUGGCCAAUGCUUCGAACCUCUGCUGCAGAAACCUCCUCCCAUUGUGAAAUGCCCUGAGGAUGUAACUGCAGCCUGCUCAGCGGACCCCUGUGGUAAAGCCACAUGCUUAAACCAUCCCAAUGCCACCUGCAAGUCAAUCAACUGUCGUGCCUGUGUUGCACAUUUCUACGUGGAUGGGGUGGAUGUGACAUCAACAUGCUCUCAACAAGGACCAGAAGUGUGUUCCUUGGAGUUUGACUCUGGACCUUGUUCUGGUGCGAAUACAACUGUGUGGACUUACAACAAUAUAACAGGCCGAUGUGAGGAGGCCAUGUAUUUCGGAUGUGAAGGGAACAAGAACCGGUUUAACAUUCAACAGCAAUGCUGGAGUGCUUGCUUUGCAAGAUCUCCGGCCUUCACAGUUUGUAAAAAUGUUUCCAUGGAGAUCAAGUCUCGAGUUCCUAACAUGCAAGUGAUCAUAAAGCUUCUCGACCAGGAACAAAAAUGCAGCUUCAUCAGCUCAACUCUUGAGUAUGCCCUUCAUAAGUGUCCAGUUGAAUCAGAACGGGAAAACAUCACGAUGGAGGUUCUGAAAAUGCUUGCGUUUAAUUUGUCAGUGUGUGAGGCAGCAGACGACACCAGCAAUACAAAGGCUGAUAUGAUUUGUUUGUCAAACUCAGAUGUGAGGACAAAAUGCAAGUCAGUCGUGAAAACUUGCAAUGACUUGCUGUCCAGGAGGGACUGUAUGAGAAAUGUAACCAAGGGCUGCAACUCUGUUCAGCUUAUCCCUCUUCAAAAUGACCUUAGCUCAACCUUAACUGACUUUACCAAGACGAAUGUUACUAACCUAGGUAACACCACAGUUACCUGCAACGUUAGCGUCACAGAUCUUUAUCUUGGAAACCAGGGCAACUCUGUUGGCCCAGUUUUGACUUGCUUGAAUAAUUUCAUUGAUGGAUUCUCCUUAGCUGCGUUAGAGAGUUACCUGCUCACUGGCGCUGGGGUGGAUAUUUGUACGUCUGCUGCAGCUUUUAGAAGCUGCGUUUUUAAAACAGAACACCUGCAGAUGAAGAGUCUUAUUGCUAACAUUUUGGAGAUCUCGUCCCAGUUGAGCGAUAACUUCUGUGACGAUGUUGACGACAUGGAGUCAGAACCCAGCGAGGAGCCAAUCAAGUGUUAUAGCUGCAAAGGGGCACCGGACAACAACACAUGUAACACCAAUAUUGAAGUCUGUCCAUUCAAUAAACAGUCCUGCCAGACCAUCUAUGAAAUCAGGAAAGGGGUCAUGAAAGUGACCAAGGGAUGCAAAAACCCUUUUUCCAACAUAGCCAUGGACAAGGCCAAGGUGACUAAGUCCAGGGUGCUCUACAGAUGGGGCUGUACCAAGUCACUCUGCAAUGGUCCUUUACAGCCUUCUACAAUCACUACACAGCCUUCUACAAACACUACACAAGAGAAAGGGCAGUGGGUGUCUAAGGUGAUAAAGUAUUCGUCGCAGUAUGGGACCGGCUCGUGGAGUGCACAGCAAAUACUAGGUGUUUCAAAUGUGUACCCUAAAUACGGGGAUCUCGAUAAAGCAUGGGCUCCAAAAGUCAUCGACGCAAACCAGUUCUUGGAGUUCCAGUUCGCCACUCCCGUCUAUGUAACAAAAGUCGACAUCUACGAGACUUACCACGCUGGCGGUGUCAAGGCCAUUAAGUGCCUUGAUGUCUCAGGCACGUGGAUGACGCUAUGGUCGACGCCCCAAGUAUCUGUUAUUCAGUCUGCGAGGAUAUUCAGCCCAUCGUUUACGUCUACAAUUCCUUGUUUCUCGAACCACAUUCGGCUGGAUAUCGACUGCAGCGUGUCAAAAACCUGGGUAGAGAUAGAUGCUGUGAUGCUGCACGGCCCCCCAGCACUGAAAGAGUUAGAUACCUGUAACUGCAAGCCAUACCAGACGUGCGUGAACAAGACGUGUGUCUGCCCCACCACUUGCCCUGCUGUUGUCCAGCCAGUCUGUGCCAGGGACACUGCUGUUGGCGGGAAGAUAAGAGAAUUCAAUAAUCAGUGCUUGCUGAACAAAGCUAGCUGUGAAGCUAAUGGGACGAUACAAUUUCUGGUUGAGGGACCAUGCCCAGUUGCGGGUCAAGGCUGCAGACUGGCAGAGUUCUCCGCCCUUGCAAGUAGUCACUUCACCAGCCAAGUCAUCUUGGGAUUCUCAGGAGUUGAGGAUUAUCAACAAUUCUGCAAUAGUGGAAACGCAACUCUACAGAUGGCGAUGGGAUACCUUAAUGGCUGUUCAAAUAAUACGAAACUUUCGAUGUCCAAAAUCAUCACCGUAUUCAAAAUGCUUGCUGAGUACUCUUGCCCUGUUGACAUGACAACAACCAAUAUCAUGAAUACCACCGGUGUAAACGGAACAACACCUAGCUCAGUUAUUCCAAAUGGUCCGGUUUGCGACCCAUACACAGCGGCAACGCUUGUCUCAAGAUUGAGCCUUUCCUUGUCUGAGUGUGUCGUGAAUAAAACUCUUCAACUGAAAGUCUGUAGAUCUGUUCAUCUGAUUGAGAAGAGGAUAUGGGAUCUUCUCAGCCCCUGCCCAUUAUUGGUUGCUAUGCAAGUAAAACAUUCAUGGAGACAGGUGAGUGAGCUAGCCCACAGCGUCUGUGACCCAGAGGACGAGGACCUGCCAUUGGUUCCCGCAUGUCUCUCAAUGGACUACGCCAACGUGACGGGCGUCUGUCGGCCCAGCCGUGCAGUGGAGUGCCUAGGAGAACUGGAGAGAGAGGUGUUUGCGGAGACCAGUACAGAGAAUAGAUUCUGCACUUACCUGCGAUAUGCAGUGAGGUGCUUCAUAGACCACACAGCCACAUGCGACCCCUACCUGGCAGCGGCCAUGAAUCCUCUGAUGCGCUACACCCUCGCCAAGUUUGAUGGGCGCUGUGGCGGUUCUUGGUGCCCGGUGUCGGACCCCCCGGUAAUGUGUGACCUUGAGACUGCCCAUAUUUGUUACGCCCGACUGCAGAUUGGAUCCCUGGUGCCCGGAGCUGACACCUGCCGACUCGUCAUGGAAGUGACAGACUGUGUCAAGGAGUCCAUAAUGGACUGUGACACGUCACGGAAACUGCUGGGACGUGAGUUAUUGAGCCGCGUGGAAGUCCUGUCAGGCAUCGUAUGUGAGCCACGCCCACCAAUCAUUGUCCCAGAUCUUAACCUGUGCUUGACCACCUACAAGAACUUGGCCUUCAAGCUACUGAACUUUGAUUGGAACGUUACAAUUAAUAUCACUGCUAACAUAGACGUGGGAGCGAUGGGCAAGACUGCUGCUGGUGGUGCUAAAGGAACUGACCCAGAGUUAGGAACAAGAGCUAAGAGGGCAACUGACGAUGUAGAAAAGAUUUCUAAAAGGUCUGCACAAACAAAACAGACAAACAAGACCAAACAGUCAAAAAAAUCUACAAAAACGAAAAAAACUGUGAAGAAGAGUACCAAGAGUGGUGGAAUUUCAACGAGUAGAAACAGUUGGAUUCAGCCUGCGCCGGUCGUGAUCAAAGAAAGUGCCUCGAAGUUGUGUGCACAGCUUGAGGCUGCCUGGCUAUGUGUGGAACCCAGUCUGUCCAAGCUGGAGACUCGUCACAGACUGGUUGUGCUGAAAACACUCCAGGCUAUUCACAAUGCUGUUACUGAAACUUGCAAACCUAUCCAGUGUUAUUCCUGCAAGGGAAUCGCUAGCAAUGAAGUCUGCAAUUCUCAACCCACUAAUGACUGCCCUGUUUCUGGUCAACAGAUGUGCUACAGCCAGCUUACAGUUGACGGCUACUCAAAGGGAUGUGGUAACCCCACCUUCUGCGCAGCGUGCCAGGGCCUUGACGACUGCUACUGUUGUCAUGGACACAAGUGUAACCAAGGAGACGAUGCCCCUAUCUGUAAGGUGGAGGAGGCCGUUACCUGCUUUGUGGACAUGAUAACCCUGGUCGUGCAAGCCAAGGACCUGACAUAUGUUCUGAUCAAGAAUAAAAUAGAAUGUGUGAUUGAGCACACCAUGCACUGUGUAACUUCUCGCUACUACGCCCUCUACAAGAUCGCCAUUGAGAUCCGGGACAUGUUCAACCACGCCGUCUGUGUGGGGAAAUAUGGAGACCCCUCGUGUGGAACCCCCAGCAUUCUGGCUCUUGGAUAUUUCAUCCAGAAUCCUCUGAAGUACAAGCCUCCUGUGUGCAGACAAUUAGAAGUGACACGCAAGGUCAGGGACAGCUUAGAGGCAGCUGAAGUCUGCAGCGAGGCAGCUAUCACUUCAGUGAGCAUGGACUAUCAGCUGGCCAGUCAGACGCUCAGUGGUUUCUGCAUGAUCCCUGACGGGCCGGACCGCGGUGUAUGUGACAUUUCGUCUGCCUUAGCGAAUUGCACGGACAAGCAAACAUGGCUUGCUGCUGGAGACAAUCAGUGCAGUGUGACUGGGGUGAAAGCGUUCAAGGAUUGCGCGAUUAAGUACACAAAAGGCUGCCUAUCAGUGCAGCGAAGCGCCCUCUAUCUACCAGCGCUGACUCACAUUGACAGGCUGAAGCGGGAUUGUGAAAAACCUCCGCAGGAUUUGGACAAGAUAUUGUCUGAGAUAUUUGUUGGUGACUCACUGUCAUCAGUGUCAACUUUCUACGUGGAAUUCAUUCAACAAAUCAAGUUCGCCCUUGUGAACUCACUGGACUUCAAUGAGGACAUGUGCAAACUGAUCGUAAACCUGCGCGCCAACUUGACCACUGCCGCUGCGCAGGCUAGCCCCCUGACCAACCUGGUUACCAACCUGAACCUUGACUUCCUGGCCAACAGUGUGGAGGCUGUGUGCAAGGAUCCCUCUAUCACCACGGAUACAGUGAAAGAAGAAUGUGGUCAGAGCAAGAUUGACAUAGUCAUGGCAUUAGAUAGCUCAGGUAGUAUACAAGAAGAAAACUUUGAACUUGUCAGAGCAUUUGCACUCAAUGUUGUACGACUAGCAGACACUGAAAACAUUCGAAUCGGUGUCAUGCAGUUCUCAAAAGACAGUUACCACGAAUUCUACAUGAAUGAUUAUUUGGAAACUGUUAACGGCAAAGAAAUCCAGAACAAAACUAAGAUGGAGAAAACAUUGAUUGAUAUGGAGUAUAAGCUUGGAGGGACAAAUACUCAUUUAGCAAUCAAUAAGGCAAUUAGCGAGUACUUUACCACUGCAAGAGGUGCCAGAAAGGACGUGAAACGACACUUGUUGAUUGUGACGGACGGGAAAUCAAAUGAAGGGAAUUUGACCUUGCUGGCUGCAGGGAAUGCGAAGGCCAUGUAUGGUAUCCACAUAUUCGCGGUUGGAAUUGCAAUGAAUGAACCAGAUCAGAAGAAAGAGUUGCACGCCAUCGCUAGCACACCUUCUGACCAAAAUGUCCUUGAGGUGAAAGAGUUUUCACAACUUGAUGUGGUCUACAAGAAGAUAUUUGUACAUUUUUGCCGACUUGUGAUACCCAGCUAUUGUCAGUUUGAGACUCUGGUGGAGAAAACAACAGACGAUCUUAUGCUGUCCCUCACAUAUUCCUACAGCGCAGCGUCCGAGUCCGACAAGAUUUGCAGGACAAUCGAAAAGCGUUACACAGGAAUUACAAACGAGACCCUGACAUGCUCUCGUCACCAGAAGAACAGCCUCAAUGUUAUCCAGUCCAUCACAAUGGCAAGUAUGGAGCAGAAUUGCCUGACCCUAGGUAACGACCAGGGCCAAGAUUGGCCAUGUGAUAUCACCAAAGUCAUGUAUUGCCUCAGGGACGUGAAUCGUGUGCUCCGGGGAUUCCAGUUUCAGACUACGUUUAUUUGCAAGCAGCUUGAGUGGACAGUAGAUUGCCUCAAUUAUUACGUACCAGCGUGUACAAACAAGACUGAGAUUGCUCGCAACAUUUACAGCAUGAGCUCCAUGGUAGUCAACAGGUGUCCAAAAGAGCUUGCCCGACUUCAAUGUUGGGUAGACAAUAACUCCUCCACCACUGGCAACCAGACACAGGAAGUAGCUGGGCAAGGGUCAUGUGACAUUGUUACUAUGGCAACAGAAUGUGUCGGAGGGUUCAGUCUGGAAAGUAUUAACCCAUUAAAUCUGUGCGGAUCCUUUGCCACUGAGCUAAAGAAGGUUAAAGACUGUGCAAUAGAGAAAUUUGUAAAAGGAAAAUGUGCCAUAGAAUUACUCAAGCAGCUUGAAGACACUAUUGUCCAAGGUGACAAUGCCAUCAAUAGCUUCUUGAGAAACCAGGGAUGUGAGGUGGACACAGAAAUAAAGCUGCCUUCCAACUACGGAGUAGUGAGCACGAGAACAUGUGAGCUUGUGCCGGUUUGUGACAUGAACGCUGCAGAGGCAUGCGUUGCACAGCUCAUGGUGCCAGGUUCUGUAGGUUGCGGAAAUUGGCCAGUUGUCCAGGAAUGCAUACAAAAUUCUUCCCGAGGCUGCGGUGGCAUAGAGUACUACGUCAGAUUGGCCAGCAUUAGGUCACUGAUAAAUCUCCCAGACAGUUGCUUGACUGGCAUGAAUUGGACGAAGAAUGAUGAUCAGAACACUCUGAUAGUUCCAUGCAUUAAAAAUGCUGUUCAAGCCAUAGGUUCUAGUGUCCCCGGAUGUGAGGUCAUGCGUAACUUCAUAAACUGUAUUCGAGGAGAUCUUCGUCCAAUGGUUGUUCGCAAUGUGUUUCGAUCCGAAAGCAUCCUGAAUUACCUUGAUAAAUACUGUGUAGAGGUCAAAGAAGUUGCACUGGAUCCAAACUGCAAUGUGUCCGCCACUGAUGUCAAGUGUCUCCAGUCUUACGCACUAACGGCACUGCCCAUGUUCGCACAGCCUCGUUGGAGCCAGUUGAAGACCUGUCAACAGUAUGGAAUCAAACUGCCCUGCAUGUCGAACAUGACGAACGCUUGCACUGCUGGACAGAGGGCGCACAAUUACCAAGAGACAUAUCACCUGCUGGAGGCCUACGUCGCCAUCGGUGGUGCGUGUCAUGAUGAACCACUGGAGUGUGUAACCAACACGGCGCUGCAAUGUGUCCAUAGCCUCGCCAAGGCUGUGUCUGUACACAACUAUCUCAGCACCAACGCCACUACAGUGUGCUUAGAGCUGGAAGCGACCAGAAAAUGCCUAGUGAAAACCCUGACAGGUUGUGCUCUCACAAGCCAGCAGUCAGUGAUGAAGACAUUCCUCGAGAUCGAGUGUAUGGCUCUUGACAUCUGCAUCUCUGGUGAGGACCUGUACAAAGAUCCUGAGGGCAUGCCACUGGCCUGUGUCGAGCCAAAUGUUGUUGCGCCAAACGCGACCUGCCGUCCUUCAUCUGCGUUUGACUGCAUGCGCUCAUUCCAUUUGGUGGCUGAUAAUCCUUUUGUGAAGAACAAGGAGAAAGUUGUUUGUCUAGCCUAUUCCAGGAUGGUUCAAUGCGUGUAUGACCACAUGUUUGGCUGCAAUGACAUCCAGAAGAAAAUAUUGACAACUGCUCUCAACAUGAAAGUGAUCCCGUAUAAAUGCCCAACUAGACUUGCGGACCCAUGUGUGGAAAUUCCUGAUUGCGGGGCAAAGAAAGCACAGGCAUGCAUAGAUUUGUUCAACCAGAAGCUAAACCAGUAUAGAGAGGAGGAUAUGGUGUGCAGUGAAAUUGACAAGGUUGAAGUGUGCAUCAAUGAAAGUAUAGUGCAUUGUUCCAAAUCAGCUGUGAGCAAACUAGAUGCAGAUUUCAAACUACUGGUGACAAAAGCAAACGCAAAAUGUGGUGACGAUUUCUAUGUGUGUGCAAACAAGUAUAUCUCUUUAACACGUGACAUACUGGCUUGGAAAAAGUGUGCAGAGACAACAACUGACUCAAAGGAGACUGGCUCAAAGGAGACUAAGAAGACCAAUAAGACACCCGAGAUGACAUUGGAUCGCGCCGCGCUUAGAGUGCUAUGUACACAGUGGAUGCAAUCUUGGAUGUGCAUGCAGGGAAAGUGGGACAUUCUGUCGAAAUCGGUCAAAACUCAUGUUGUUUCCAUGUUCACCAGUCACCAUUCUAUUGUCAUGAACAUAUGCAAUGGAUGGAAGCCAGGUUAUUGCCCUGUGGAUACCAAGAAAUCGUCAAUUGAACGCACCUGUGAGACCGAUGAUGAAUGCAGCACGACAAAGAAAUGCUGUGUUAAAGGAACAGGAACCUUGUGCACUACUCCCAAGGAUGAUGAUUGCACUUGCUAUUCCAAGUUUGCAGACUUUUCUCAGCAGGCCAUGCGACUGACCUACAUGUUGUACAAGGAGGAUGAUAAAGGAAUGCAGUUCUGCAUCCUCUACGCCCAGUUGGAAGUCAGUAUGCAGGGAUUCCUGAAACUGAGGCAAAGUUGUCCAGCGGAGUAUUUUACCUACGUCACUGCCAUAUGGAGUCAAAUCACUGGUUCUUAUGCUCUGUUCUGCAAUGUCCCUACCGAACCGCCCAGUGUGUGUAGAGAGACGGACGCAGAGGCCUGCCUGGCUGCCUUUGAAGUCAUUCAGGCAAAGAAUACAAACAUGGACACCUUGUGCACUGAAUACAACAAACUCACACUGUGCAUCGAACCAGUUCUGACGCAGUGCAAAGCUAACGUCACUAAGGAAAAUGAAGUGAUUGUUCGCUACAGAGCAAGACUUAAGAAAAUCCAGGAUUCCUUGAUCUGUUUUAAAUGGCCAACAGUGAUGUGUGAGGUGAAGGAUUCCAACAUUCUUCUCCAUGAGGGGAAGAUUCGCGAGCAGCAGCUAGGCUUCCGAUUAGCAAGUGACCCUGAGAAGGACUGCAGCAAUGCCAAGUGCUCUAUCAAACUGCGCUUCCAGGUUAUUGAAGACAAAAAGAAUCAACCAAAAUGUUCCAAUGGCCUCGGUAUCCAGCAGAUUCUAGUAGAUCGUGUCUGCGACAUGGAUUUCAACAGCUCCAACUGGGCCAAGACUCAAACUGUAUCCCUCACAGCGCGUCUAGAUCUUAAGAAAGACAACAAGUUUGCUGGAAAACUCAAAGUCAUGGCGACCUUGGUCAGGAAUGGUGUGGCCUCACAGUCGCAGGAGGCUUGCCAGUACAAUGUUGUGGUCAUAGAUACUGAUGACUCAUCAAUCUGUCAAACAACCAACGAUCCUCACCUGAAAACAUUUGAUGGAAAUUAUUAUAACAAUCACCUGCAAGGUGAAUUUACUAUGGUGAAGAAUGCGGAUCUGGACUAUGAGGUUCGUGUGAUGUUCAAGAAAUGCACAGACAACACAAAAGGACCUUCUUGUAACUGUGGAGUCAGUGUACGAGUUGGGGACGAUACAUACGUACAUAAUCAGUGCUUUGAUGGGGAUCGCAAACAGGAUGUGGAGAACCGAAAACCCAAGAUCUGGAACAACGGGGAGAUAUCAAAGGGACUGAGGAUAGUGACGUUUAAUGAUGGGAAGGACACAAAUCUCUACCUGCCAUAUGGUCAAGUUGUGAAUGUCAAAACAAGUUACAGUGGAUUCAUCAACAUAUUUGUCUCUCCGUCCCCAGCUGAUAAGGGGAAUACUGAAGGGCUAUGUGGCAAUUAUGAUGGAAACGAGAAAAAUGAUUGGAUAGGACCAGACGGAACUUUAUAUAAAGAUGUGGACAAGUUUAAUAAGGCCUGGCAGUCGCCUGUCAAUGAUUUCCUGUUUGAGGGUGUACUUGCAAAUCCCGGACUCCCCAGUAUUGGCAGCUUCUGCUUGUAUAACGACGUUAACCAACAGUGCUCAUGUAACGCUGUCAAUUUACUGGAGACCUGCGAAUUUCAGAAAGGUAUCGAUGUAACAACCACUCUCAAACGUGUGGUGGUGGUGGAAGCCAAUCGUAAGAAGCGUGCAGUGGGGGACCCAUUUGCUGCCCUUGGCAUAGACGUGAAUGCACCACCAAUUGAGGCUAAAACGUUCCCCACGGCCAGUGGGAUCACUCUUGAGCAGGCUAAUACAACAUGUUACAACGCAUUGACCGGUGCAGGGUUUGCUGCAGCAUGCGCCAGCCUUGUUCCACAAGCAGACAUCGACACCAAAAUCUCAAACUGCGUUGAAGAUAUCUUGUAUGUAGACGACCUAAACACCCCAUUCAUCCAGGCCGCUGUUGAAGCCUUCAUGGACCAGUGUCAGAGCGUGGCCAUACAGGAGACCAAUUCCUCCGUCGUCAACCAGAUACGGGACGUCGCCUGCCCCAACUCCUGCUCCGGACACGGGCAGUGUCAAAACUUGACCUGCACAUGUGAUGCUGGCUUCUCAGGGUCCGACUGCUCUGUGGACAUCAACGCGGCCCCAAGGUUGAAUCUGCUAGAUGACCCACAAUGCAUUUCCACCAUCAAGGACCAGUGCACUAACGUCAAUGUGCUGGGCUCUGGAUUUGUGGAAGGGGCCGUCUGUCAUUUGGAGACUGUGAAGAUCACCGAAAAGGGUGUAAACAAGACCAACAGCAAAGUAACCAAUGUUCGCGCAACCUGGCUGAGUUUUGAGGAGGUCACAUGCACAAUGUCCCAGGCAGAUGGUCUCCCACUGCAUGCUGUCCUUGUUUCCGUAAGCAACAAUGGUCAGGUGACCAGUCAGAGUGCCCAGCAGCUAUUUUUAGCACACAAUCCCAUCUGCUUUGAUUGCCGUCUGGAUGCAAACAACACUAAAGACGGAACUUGCAAGAAAGAGACGGCAAGCUGCUAUGUGGAUGGUGUCUGCUACAAACCACUUGAACCAAAGAUUAGCAAUCCCUGCUACAUUUGCGAUGUCUACACACAACAAAUGAUCUACCACGUUUCUGCAAAUUGUCCGAUGCUAACUACCCAAUCAUCCGUGAAUGCAGCAGCACAGGAGAUGAACGACACGCUUGUGAUUGGUCUAUCUGCCGGAGUGUCGACCUUCGUCUUCAUACUGCUGGUUAUUGUUGUGGCAAUUGUUGUUUUCAGACACAUAAUGCACAAGAAAAAAUCAUCGGAAAGAAAGAAACUGGCAAAACGGUCUCCAAGCCUGUCAGACAGCGGUGCAGACGGCCACUUCCAGGAAGUCAUGUUUGCCGCGCCCAAUCCAGCGUAUAGUUACUUUGUGGAGCAGAUACCACAGCGCCACCACUCCAAGCGCAGCGACCCUACGAGAGAAACUUACCCACAGCAAAACGGACGUGAACGGCAGAACGGUCAGCAAAAGGAUGGGAAACGUCCUAGGCAGCGCCGUGAUGAUGGUGAACGCGAGGACUUUGUGGACUUCAGUAGAAACACUUAUUCGUAAAUUUGUUCUGCAUUAAAUUUUCCUAUGUUAGAUUGGGUUGUUUCUACAUAUCAGGCCUCAUUAUGUUUCAUAAAACUAAAUACCAGAAUGAUUCCAUAAUUUUGCUUUUGAAGUGUCAUCAUACACCGUAUUUAAUGUUGAUAAGUGAAAGUGUGUCAAUAUCAGCAAAAAAUCUUCAUAAAUUGAUAGAGCCUGAUGUUUUCGUAAGUGUUUUUUCUCUAAUUGUUUUAAAAUCAAUCAACAAAGCAAGAGACUAAAAGUAGACUGCUGCUGCGCCUGUCUGUGUUCCUAAAUUCGAGUACUUCAAGUAAUUCAGUUGGAUAACACAAGCAUAUAUAAUCAUUUUCCACUAACAUGUUAACCAAUAAUUGGUCUCCUCAAUUUUUGGGUGACAAGUAUUUACUGAUCACUUCUUUUGAAAAACAUUUAUAACAUAAAUUUAUAGCAUGAAAGUUUCUUGGAUUAUAUUUGAAAAUAUGAUAUACAUUUAAAUAUUGUACAUAGCAAUGUAAUCAGAGUCACUGUUAGAAAAUGCUAUAGUCUUUGCUGAAAUUUCUUUUCUGUUUGUUAUCUUAUGUUAACUGUUAUUGAUUUAUUGUUUGCUUACAUUUACCUGGUUAUCAAAGUCCGAUGUGCAUGAAUCAUAGAGAUUAACCCAUUUAUGCCCAGUGGACUCUCCCAUCCUUUUAAAUUGGAUCAAUUUAUUUCCAAAAUUAGGGAUGUCAAGUUUAUUUAUUUCUAUAUUUAGAAUAUUUCAUAAAGAAAUUUAUUUUAAGCAAAGAGAACAGACCCAGAUGAGACGCCGCAUUAUGCGGCGUCUCAUCUGGGUCUACGCUGUUUGCAAUGUCCUUUUUUCAGGACGCUAGGCAUAAAUGGGUUAAUGACUUCUUGUGAUAGUUGUAUUCAUUCAAUCUUUGCUUUAAAUAUUCCACUUUCCUAAUUAAGUUCUAGUUUAGGUAUAAUAUGUUUAAGUUCUGUUAUUGGUUUUGUUUUUUCUCUGUACUUAAUAUAAGUUGUGUUUUUUUAUUACUAUAUGCGUUAUUUCUGUCCAUUAUAUCCAUUUGUUUAAGCUAUUUAAUAACAUUUCUUUUGUUAUUGUAACGUUUAAUUAGUGGAUGAUUUUUUUUAUAUAUAAUUGAACUUAAAUGUUUACUUCAAAACGUGUUAAUGAUCUGCAAUACACCUGGUAUUGCUCAAAACUUGUUAAGUGUAGGCAUUAAAAAAGUGUUACACUCGUUUGAUACAAUAUUAUAGAAAACUAUUGCUCAUAAUUGAUAAUGAGAUUUCUAUUGCUAUUGCAGUAAAAAACAACAACGGUUGCUGUCUUGCAAUAAACUUCCUUCUUGUUAACCCAAACCUUAAAUAAUUAUUAAAUAUCAACCAUAA